AUGUAUUAUUGCUCUUGUCUCAACAGCAUAAGCCAGGACCAGAAGGACACUUUCAAACAGAGCCAGGAAACAUCCACACUGUGGCUCCUCCUAUUAGGGAAACUCGGUGCAGGCAAAAGUGCCACAGGAAACACCAUUCUGGGUAAAGCCAUGUUCGAUUCCAAGUUCAGUGACCAUACGGUAACCAAACAGUGUCAGAGCAAAACUGUGUUCCUGAGAGAGAAGCAGGUCAUUGUCAUUGACACCCCAGAUCUAUUCUCCUCACAGUCCUGUGCAGAGGCCAGGCUGCUGAACCUGCAGCAGUGUUUGAAGCUCUCGGCUGAUGGUCUCCAUGUGCUGCUGCUGGUCACACCCAUUGGCCACUAUACAGAGGAGGACAGGGAGACCAUUGAGGGCAUCCAGGGUGAGUUUGGCACUAAAGCCUACAGUCACAUGAUUGUGGUCUUCACUCGGGAAGAUGAACUGGGUGAAGACUCGCUGAAGGACUACAUUGACAGCAAGAGCUCUCUCAAGGCAUUGCUUGAAAACAUUGGAGAUUGGUACUGUACUUUCAACAACAAGGCAGACAAGGAGCAGCGGGAACAGCAGGUGGCCCAGCUCCUUGAUGUGAUUGAGCAGUUGAUGGUCGGAAGCCCAGAACCAUAUUUUGUGCCCUUGAAAAUGGAAGGCAGUGGAGUCCAGGGUUGUGGGAAUAGAGCUACAUAUGAAGAAGGGGACAAUCUGUGUGGUAAGUUGAAGAGACAGCCUCAGAUUCCAGGACCACAUCAGGAUGUAGAGAUGCCGGAACUGAGGGUCCUCCUCAUGGGGAAGUGUGGUGUUGGGAAAAGUGCAGCAGGGAACAGCAUUCUGGGGAAGCGGCCCUUUAAGACUCAGUACAGUGAGCAGCAGGUCACCAAGGUCUUUUCAUCCCGCAGCAGGAUCUGGAAUGGGAAGAAAGGUCUGGUCAUUGAUUCUCCAGAGAUCUCAUUGUGGAAGCCUGAUGCAUCUGAAGUCAAGGAGCACGUCUCUCUGGGCCCCCAUGCCUUCCUGCUGGUGACACCACUGAACUCUUUGAUAAAGAGUGAUGACAAUAUGUUCAACCCUGUCAAAAAUAUUUUUGGAGAAAAAUUCACCAAGUUCCCAAUUAUUCUCUUUACCAGGAAAGAAGAUUUAGAGGAUCAGACUCUAGAUGAAUUUAUAAGUAAAAACAGCAAUCUCCAGGAGCUCGUCUUGAAAUUUGAAAAAAGAUAUACCGCUUUCAACUAUCGAGCGACUGUGGAGGAGGAGCGGAGGCAGGUGAACAAACUCCUGGGCCAAGUUGAGAGCAUGGUGCAGUGCAACGGCAACAAGCCUUGUAUUUUCAGGGAGAAAGAACUCCUAAACAUCAUACUCCUAGGAAGGAGUGGGACUGGAAAGAGUGCAACUGGAAACACGAUCUUGGGGAAACCUGCCUUCCUGUCUCAACUAGGAGCUCAGCCCAUCACCAGUAGAAGCCAGAGUGACAGGAUGACAGUGGACGGGCAGGAUAUUGUGGUUGUGGACACUCCAUCAUUCAGCCAGAUGCCUGGUAUUCAAAAGGAUCCUUCCAGGUUAAAGGAGGAGGUCAAAUACUGCUUGUCUCUCUGUGAAGAAGGAAUGAAGGUUUUUAUUCUGGUGCUUCAGCUGGGGCGGUUCACCCAAGAAGAUGAGGCAGCAGUGGAGCAACUGGAGGCCAUGUUUCAAGAAAAAAUUAUGAGAUAUAUGAUUGUGCUGUUUACACGGAAGGAAGAUCUAGGGGAUGGAGACCUUGGUGAUUAUACUAGAAACACAAAGAACAAAGCCCUUAAAAGCAUAAUUAAAAAGUGCAAGGAGCCAGUUUGUGCUUUUAAUAACAAAGAAACUGGUCAAAACUGGGAGGCCCAGGUGAAAGAGCUGUUGAAAAUAGCCAAUAGUCUCAGAAAAUACUAUGAUGAGCAUUCACACUCAUGGGUGGAUUUUGGCCAUCCAUUCAAAACAAUAGGUCAACAAAUUGCUAGGAUGUUUAAACAAUGA